AUGAAACACAACCAAACAUCCACUUCUAACAUGAUGAGACACAUGCGUUUAAAACACUCAACAAUUGAUUUAAACAAACGCCGUCCUUCUAAUAUGCAUGUUGAAGAAAAUAAUGUUGAUGACCCUAUAGUAAUUGAAAAUCAACUUGCAUCUACUUCAUCGGACUCUCAAACUCACAUGGCGACAUUAAAUGUUCAUAGACCAACAGUUCAUAACGUACAAGACACAAUUACAAGGUAUUUACCUAGACCAGUAGGAGCUUCCCGACGAACUUUGAUUGAUCAGCAAGUUUUAAGAAUGAUAGUUAAGGAAUAUUAUCCAUUCAGUAUUGUCGAGGACAAAGAGUUUGGUAAACUUUUAAAAAUGUUAAACCCCGGAUAUGAUUUACCAUCCAGAAAAACUCUGUCAACUUCGUUGCUUUCUGUUCUUUACAAUGAGACAUAUGAUAAAGUCAAGUCCGAUAUAGUAGAGAAUGGUAAUUUUGUUAGUAUCACGACUGAUGGUUGGACAUCUGUAAAGAAUGAAAGUUACAUUGCUGUUACAACACACUUCAUAGACAAUGAUUGUAAGCUUAAGUCAUACUUACUCUCUUGUUUUAUGUACUCAGAAUCACAUACCAGUGAUAAUUUGAAAAAUGAACUUUUAAGAGUUAUAAAAGAAUGGGGUUUGGAACAUAGAGUUUCAGCUUGCACAUCAGACAAUGCACCAAAUAUAACAAAGGCAAUUGAUUUAUGCAAAUGGAGGCAUGUACGUUGUUUUGCUCAUAGCUUGAAUUUGGCUGUACAAAAUGCUAUAAAAGAAAUUCAAGAGGUCAAAGAGAAGGUUUCAGGUAUAGUUAGACAUUUCAAAAAAAGUUCUACUGCUGCAGGCAAAUUAAAAUCGAUCCAAGAACAACUGGGCUAUUCACCUCCACUUGUUCUUAUCCAAGAUGUUGUGACAAGAUGGAACUCUACUUUUGAAAUGUUUCAACGAGUAGGUACUUGA